AUGAAGCUAACGGCCAUCAUCACCCUCGCCCUCGCGGGUGCAGCGCAGGCCAAGUACUGGAUGGAGGAGAUUGGCCACUUUGGCAGGUCUCCGUACUUCCCCGACAGCCACUACCGCGUUUUCCGAGACGUCAGAGAUUACGGCGCCGUGGGUGAUGGAGUCACUGACGACACGGCCGCAAUCAACGCUGCCAUCAGUGCUGGUAGCCGAUGUGCCCCGGGGAUUUGCAAGGGGAGCACCAUUUCUCCCGCGACGGUUUAUUUCCCUUCUGGAACCUACUUGAUCAGCAGCGCCAUCAUUGAUAUCUACUACACGCAGCUCAUCGGAGACCCGAAUGACCGACCAACCAUCAAAGCAUCCGGCUCUUUCUCCAAAGACAGCUUCGCGCUCAUCGAUGCGAAUCCCUAUCUAUUCACCGGUGCCCUCUCUUGGAACUCGACAAACACAUUUUAUCGUCAGAUCCGUAAUCUCAUCAUCGACACCACGGCUCUCCCUCCGGACUUUCCUGCUGUCGGCAUCCAUUGGCCCUGUUCUCAGGCGUCAGCUGUCACCAACUGUGUUUUUCGUCUCUCGACCGUAUCUGGAAACCAUCACACGGGCCUUUUCAUUGAGGAAGGCUCUGGUGGUUUGUUGAAUGACUUGUACUUUUACGGCGGAGGCAAUGCGACCGUUUUAGGGAACCAGCAGUAUACUGCACGAAAUCUUUGGUUCUACGGUGCGGAUGUCGCGAUCUGGAUGACGUGGAACUGGGGAUGGACGUUCAAGAGUACAGUUUUCAAGGGCUGUCGGGUCGGCAUCAAAAUGGAUGAUGUCUCCCAUGGUGUGGGUUCCAUCACCAUCAUCGACAGCUGGUUUGAGAAUGUGGCCACCGCAAUCUCUACGACUCGAAUGAGUAGUGGUUCAGUGGGGACUGGAGGCUCAUUCGUGAUGGAAAAUGUUCACUUUGAGAACGUGAAUGCCGUGCUCUUGGGCCUUGGGGGGGUAGACCUUGCAGCAAACAAACUGAACCCGGGAGGGAGCGGUGUUUUUGUGAUGGGCCAUUUGGCGGACCCUGGCGGUCUGUUCGACGAGACAGGGUACUACAACAUCUCUACAAGCCGCAGUGCCAACCUCCUCGAAGGCGACAGGUACUACGAGAGAUCAAAGCCCCAAUAUGAGAAAGUCUCAAGUAAAUACUUCACCUCGGCGAGAGCCAGCGGGGCAGCGGGCGACGCUUCCCAUGACGAUACCCAAGCACUCAACAGGCUGUUCAGCUAUACAGCUACCAAUGGAUUGAUCGCUUACCUAGAUGCUGGAAUCUACAUCGUCACAGAUACCGUCUUCAUCCCGGCCAACGCAAAGAUUGUGGGAGAAGCCCAGGCCUCGAUCAUAAUGGCCACCGGACCCAAGUUCCAAGACAUGCGCAACCCUCGUCCUGUUAUGCAGGUCGGCCGCCCUGGAGAUGUGGGCCGAAUUGAGUGGUCAGACACCAUUUUAUCUACUCGCGGACCUGCAGCUGGUGCGGUUCUAAUCGAAUACAACCUGUUCACCCCUGGGACUCCCUCAGGCAUGUGGGAUGUACACACCCGUGUGGGUGGGUUUGCAGGAACAUACUUGCAAGUCUCCGAAUGCCCUGCUAUCAAAGGUGCCAAUGCGGGAAAUUCUAGCUGCAUUGCUGCGUACAUGAGUAUGCACAUCACAGCCUCUGCUGGCGGCCUUUACACGGAGAACUGUUGGCUCUGGGUUGCGGACCAUGAUCUAGAAGAUCAAGUGUAUCACCGUGUUGCCAUUUUUGCGGGGCGAGGCCUGCUAAUUGAGUCACUAAGGGGUCGAAUUUGGUUGAGCGCUACUGGCUCGGAACACCAUGUCCUUUACCAGUAUCAGCUUGUCAACACCCGGGACGUGUACAUCGGCCACGCUCAGACGGAACAGGCAUACUUUCAACCACUUCCUCCCGCUUUCUACCCCUUUCCACCGGUACCUCUCCUUCACGACCCAGACUUCCAAGCCGACUGUCAGAAUGACCCUGCAGCAGGCUGUUCCAUGGGAUGGGGCAUGAGAGUCCUCAAUUCAAGGAAUGUGGCCGUGUACGGGGCAGGACUGUACUCGUUCUUCAACAACUACAAUGACUCAUGCGCAAGUAACAAAUCUCCAGAGUACUGCCAGGAGAGAAUACUGAGCGUCGAGGGUGAGGUAGAUGGAACGAGGUUUUUGGGGUUGAGCACGGUGGGGACAAAAUUCAUGGUGCAACGGGACGGCGUGGACUGGGUCAGGGCGAUCGAGAACAACAGCACCUUUGCGGAUACCUUGGCUCUGUACUCGCCAUGA